UAGUCACGUGAAUAUAUCUUGGAAUGACCAAUAGUUGAAUCCUGCUGUCCCAUACUGACACACAUUUGCUAUAAAUGAAGCCCUAUCAUUGGUCUAAGCAUUCAUGACGCAUUAACUCCAGCCGACCACUCGAGGCAUCCCGGUGCUGUGAGCGGCGCGUGCAGCACCGCUGUCACGGUGCGCCUCCGAGCCCGAACCGACCACUGGUGCCUAGUAGAGGCACUCAGUUCACAGCGCCGCAAUGCCUUGCUCUAAAGUCAGGGGCUUUCAUAGGACGGAUUUAACCCUCCUCUAUUGACUCGCGCAUUCUGCAAUGUGAAUUCAGGGAUCAGCACUUUACAGAAAUCUUGCAUUUGUAAGGAUGUGUCUUCUAAAGCAAGUCUCACGGAGGGAUGUAGAGAUGCUGCUGAACGACCGCUCUUCUUAAGGGUCUCCAUCAGACCAUGAAGCCAGAGUCCCGCAGAGAGGAUGAUCCGGACGUCUAGUUUCUCGGGAGACACCUGGCUCUCCUACCGCUACCCCCGGGUGCAGCUCCCCGCCUGGCAGCCCCCGGUCCAGACCCUGUGCCCCCCAGGGCCGUCGCCCCCCGGGCGGCCCGGCGCGUGCUCCGCGGGUCAGCUGAUCCGGGCCGUCUCCCUGCCCGAGCAGGACGUCCUCCGCAGAGAGCUGCCCGUCGCCCCGGGCAACCAGAAGCGACUCGACUCCUGCAGCUACUGGAGUCUCAAAGAGGACCGGGCGGAGGAGGAGGAGGAGGAGGAGGAGGAGGAAGAGGAGGAGGAGGAAGCCAGCGACAGCAGCGGUAGGUUGGACUCCAGCUGCUCUGUGGAGGAGGGGCCGCCGCAGGUGCCGAAGCCCGGCGGCGGCCAGCCCACGUCCGCAGCCCGACCCAGGUCCCGCAACGUGUUCCUUCCUUCCUCGCUGGAUGAAGAGGAGGAGGAGGAAGAGGAGGACGGCGAUGGGGAUAAUCUACACAGAUACUGCGAGGACUCCUCCUUCGUGUUGCAUGGCAAUUUCAACUGGGCGGUGAGCCACGGCAUCAGACACUCAGGCAGCGCGCAGGGGAAGAGGCCGCUCGUGUCGGCUACAGAGAGCAGCGCUGAUCGACUCCCUAGCCAAACAGGACGUCUAGAUUCACCUCCGACAGAUCAACCGGGAGUCACAGAAUCGGCCGCACUCUCUUCAUACACCCGUGUCCAAGACUUGAACAGUAAAACCGGUUUCAACUUCGGCCAGCUCAGACGUGGGGACUCAUUCCCCGUUAAUCCCACCGAGUCCGCCAGCGACUCGUCGUGCAACAGCUCCGACGGCGUCCUGGUCAACUUCUGCACCAUCUACAGCAAGAGCAACAACCCCGCCACGCCCCAGGACCCGGGGGGCUGCCCCGCCCCCCCGCAGCCCGCGCCCCUCCACGACGGCUCGGUCUUCCUGAACCUCCAGCCGGUCCGACCGCGCUCCCCGAGCCGUCGGCCCGAGCAUGAGGCCCCCUCCCCACCGGAGCAGCGGGAGGUGGUGGUGGAGGCGGUGGUGCCCUCGGCCCCAUGCUGGUCCCCUCAGGCGCUGGACUCCAACUGUAACCUGUACUCACUAGAGCCCUGGUCCUCUCUGGAGCUGUCGGACCUCACCGCCUGCCUCCAGGGCCGGCUGACGCUCGCCAUGGGGACCAAUCAGAAGUACUACAAGCUGGUGAGCUGCGAGCCGCCCUCCAAGACGCCCAGCCCGGCCUGGCCCGGCCUGGGGAGGAGCUUCCCUGGGGGGCCGCACGCAGCCGGCCCGGUCCUUUCAUCUGGUUAUGUCCCGGUAGGGGAGGGGGGACUGCAGAGGGACAGGAAGGAAAGUGACGACAGCAGCAGAUAUUCUCGGAGCGGUGUUGGCUGCACCAAGUGUGAGUGCUAUAAUUACCAGGAUGAUUGUCCUCUCUGCAAGACAACAACACGUUGGGAUUACACCCAGAGCCCGGACAGCGCUUCCUCUGGGGCGUGCCCCGUCCAGUCUGCUUUCUCCCUGGGUCCGUCGGCUGCGGUCGCUAGAGGCCGUGAGGUCAAGGCCGUACCCACACAGCCCUCUGGGACGCCACAGCCCGGUGAGAGGAGUGGGCCCCAGGAGAACGGGGCAUGUUCCUGGGCUCCCCCGGUGCUGCGCUACACCAAGGCCCAGAGACCCACCUCCUUACCCAUCCAACCCUUCAUCCUACUGCCCCCAUCCAAGCCCCAGGCCCAGCACCUGGGCUCCCUGUUGGACCAGUACGUCUCCCAGCGAGGCAGCUGCGGCAGCGGGUGCAGCGGGUGCAGCGGCGGCGGCGGCUCCCGUCCGGGGUCGGGGUGUAAAGCCGCAGCCCACCAGCUCCUCCCCCGCUUCCAGCCCUCGCCCUCCAGCGGCUACGGGCGCAUCCUGCUGGAGGCUCCCUCCAGCUCGGACACCUGCUCCACCUGCAGCCCCAGUCCCGACCGCUGCGGCCUGAGGCAGGCGUGGGGCCACUCCGGAAGGGGCGCGGUCGGCCCCUGUAGAUCUCAAGGCUCACAGGGGCCGUACUCGGGCGCGGCCCCAUCCGACUUUAUGUUUAGACUGCACAGUCCGAGGUCCUUCAUCACACCGCAGACCCAGCCAAGCCUCCUGGUGGAGACCCCCACCUCCCACUACCUCAUCGACCUCACCCCCGAGCCCACCCCGGGGGUACGACGGCGUUCUGCCAUGAAGCCCGAGACCCCCGGUUUCACCCAGCCGGGGUCGACUCACAGCACCCCGCCCACCCUGGCCUGCACCAGUCUCACCCAGCAGAGCGGUCUGCUGUCGUCCCUCUCGGCACCCCCCCAGAGGGCCCCGCGGUUAAAGCCAUCGGGGAUUCGGUUCCCCUGCAGCCCCUUCUCGGAGCCCUUCUCCUCCUCGAUCCCUCGGACCACCUCCUCCUCACAGUGGGAGGUCUCUGUGACCGGGCCUGGAGGCCGGGAGGAGCGCCAGGAGCAGAACCAGAGCGGGCCCUGUGAGCCUCUGAUGCUGAGUGACAGGCCCCCCGCAGAGUUCUGCCUCUCCCCCUCGGAGGCGUCCUACGAGUCGCUGUCCAUCAGCCACCUUCAGAGGAGAGGUCUGCUCAGAUCUGUGAGCUCAGCCAUGGAUUUGAUUAUGGCUCAUUUUGGAAGCAGCAGAGACCCCGAGGAAAAGAUGCGGUUGGGUAAUAGCCGGAGCAGUCCUACCAUAGCCGGUCUCGUCCUUGAACACUUGUGUCCUGCCAUCCAGAACAUUCUGGAGGACGGCCUCAGGCAUCACAAACUAGAUGUGGUCAUCGGUCAACAACGCAACCACUCCUGGAGAGUGGUGGACGCCUCCACACAGAGAGGUCGUGCCAGCCGCAUGCUCCUCAACCUGGUGUCCAAGAUCACUCAGUGUUCUCAGCUCACCAACUCCUGCAUGAAGCUCAGAGCCUUCCUCAUGGGCCUUCUCAAUCUGCGGUCACUGGAAUUUUGGUUGAGUCACCUUCAGAGCCAAAAUGAUGUGGUAUCAGCCUACUACCAUUCCUGGGCGUUCAUGACCACCACUCAGAGCCAGUGUCAACCGCUGUUCCAGGAGCUGCUCCUGCUGCUACAGCCCCUGUCCGUGCUGCCCUUUGACCUCAACCUGCUGCUGGAGUCCCGACACGGAGAGCCGUGUUCCAACCCCUCCCCCAUUACACCUUGCUCCACUCUACUGAUGACCACAUGGCCAAAACUACAGGCUGAAAUACCCAGAGGAACCGGUACAAGAAGCCAGCAGACCGGGAGCUUGUAUCAAACCGAUCUGCAUCUCCCAGGCUUGUCCCAGGAGCCCCAGAGUUUCCCCCCGCAGUGGGGGAGAGGGAGUCACACCAAGGCCAGGGACGACAGCCCCCAGCCUCGCCCUCACCCCGGCUGGUGGAUCAGACAGCCCGUCAUCGUGGACGGUGUGAUCGAGGAAGAGGACUGCAGAUCUGCAGAGAAAUACUCUGCUUGGUCUCAGCAGUACCAUGCCCCGGGACUGGAGGGGGCUCUGGACGGAGAGGACGCCAUGACCGGACCCUCCAGAAGGAGUUCCACAGACCCUCACAUCCGGGCGGAAGGACCCACCCACGGUGGACUGCGCUGGGCCAAGCUGUUUGGAGCAGCGGUGGAUCCUCCAGGCAGAGGAGCUGCUAAAGGCCUCAGAGGGUCCCAAUGCAGAAGGAACACACGUCCCUCUCAGUGGCUGCAGUUGCCCAGUUCAACGUUUGGACAGUUGGCCCAGUCCGUGUGGGCAGUUAAGUUUGGAAAACCAAAGACUGACUGAGCGCCGUUUCAGGAUCACAGUAACAUAAAGCAGAUUAAAGACUUAAUUUCCCAUCAGUGAGAUUCUCCAUUCCCCUCCUGUCGCUACGAAUUAAACGCAAUAGGGGUUGAGAGAAGCAGGUGCUGCGUGAUUUGAUUUGAACAGAUGAGUGAUGGUCUUCGUAUAGUGUGUAUCCUAUAGACUGCUCCUUUGAGAUGGGUUCAGAUUGCAUCUAGCUUUGCAUCUGUCAACCACACCGGCCGUGGAAGAGGAAAGCGACUCCUUGUAUGGUAUUUAUCCUCUGUGUAGUAGUGUAGGCUAGGCAAUCUACCGAGAGAAAACAUGCAUGCAUUUAUAUUGUUAAGACCAAACUGGUCUACAAAGCCCACAUAAUAUAGAGGCUGUGCAUGACCAAUUCGCUUCUUUUGCGGCGUUCCUGAUGUGCAUAAAUACUCGAAUCGAGUACAGGUCCCCUUGUUGAUAUUGACUUUCCUUCUGUGUAGCCAUCGAUACAAAUAAUCCAAAGGACUGUACUUCAAACCGAUCCCCAUCGGAGAUAUGGUGAAACGUAGCAUUGUUACAGCUUUUGUGUGACAUAGCGUUGCAACGUCUCAACAUGUUGACCUAUGGAUCACCAAGCAGCAGAGUGGUUUAAGUGCCAAAUACACCAUGUAGUACCAGCCCAAUGUGGUCCAUCUUAGCCAAUCCUUUAAUUCUUUGUAUACCUGUUCUGAAAACUGAGUCCUAGCAUGGAUUAUUUUUAGUUGCAUGUGUUAACAAAUUAAUGCAAACAGUGUGUGUCUUUUAAACACUAAUUGGCUGAAGGUAAGGUAAUUUUACCUUAUUUUGUGUGUCUGCGUCUCCCAAUGGGGCGUAUAUAAGCUUCAAUAAGCUAUUAUCUGUUGUUUCAGGUAGAGUUUGGUGACAGCUCCAUGGUUAAAUUUUGUUCGCAAAUGAAUGAAGUAUCGAUUCUGAAAAUAAUCUGUGUUUUAUUAUGUAUCAUGUGAUGCCAUAGUGUUCAGUAUAUACUACAAGAAUUUUGUCUCCCUCUAUUGCACAAUGACAAUCAACCUCUGAAAUAAAGACUUUUCUUUUCA